UAUCAGUCAUUUCAAGCAUUUCAAACCGUGCACAACAUUAAUCUUGCUCUCUUAUUAUUUUAAUAUUGCAAUUCGAAAAUAGCAACCUCAUUGGGAAUAUUUAAAUGAGAAUUCUCUUUUGAAAGACUGAAAAAGAUUCCAACGAAGUGAUUAGUUUUAACAUAGAAUUUAAGUGUUAUUUUUUAAACGGGAUUUUUUUAACUGAAACAAGAUGCCGUUAGAGCAUUCAUUGCUGAAUAUUUUCCAUUUACAGCGCAGUUUAUUGAAUAAUUGUUAUAUUCUCCGUGUUUUAAUAAUUGACAUACAUUUUGGAGCAGAUUCAAAAUGAAGGAUUUAGUGAAUGGAAGCAAUUCAGUUGAAAAUCACAGUGCACAUAAGGUUUCACAAAGUACAAGCAACGGUGAAAGCCAUGACUCGGAGCGAACGGCGCGAGUGAUUAAUGGUUUGGCAAUUGCAAAGGAAAUCAGGCAAGAGCUGAAGGAGCACAUCAUCGAAUGGGAGAACGAAGGUCAUCGUCCGCCUCAUUUGACGGCUGUGUUAGUUGGCGAAGAUCCAGCAAGUCAAACAUACGUCAAUAACAAGAUUAAGGCAACGGCUGAAGUGGGCAUUUCAAGUGAAACAAAACGAUGUUCGUCAACGAUUACUGAGUCGGAACUAUUGAAAGUGAUCAACGAUUUGAAUAUGAACGAUAAUGUUGAUGGGAUUUUGGUGCAGUUGCCGUUGCCUCCGCAUAUAAAUGAACGGUUGAUUUGUGAUGCGGUUUGUGUUAACAAAGAUGUUGAUGGGUUCAAUGAGAAGAAUGUCGGUCGCUUGUGUUUGGAUAUAAAUUCAUUGAUUCCAUGCACUGCGCUAGGCGUACAGGAGCUCAUUCGGCGAGCGCACAUUGAAACAUUCGGCAAAAAUGUCGUGGUCAUCGGUCGAUCGAAGAACGUUGGAUUGCCGAUUUUCAUGUUGUUACAUGCGGACGGUCGAAAUGAAACCGGCGCCAUGGAUGCCACAGUGACAAUGUGCCAUCGGUUUACACCACGUGAUGAACUAAAGACAUUGUGUCGUCAUGCUGAUAUUAUUGUGUCGGCCACCGGUGUUCCGAAGCUCAUUACAGCCGAUAUGGUCAAAGAAGGCGCCGCGAUCAUUGAUGUCGGUGUCACUCGUGUUAAAGAUGAAGUGACUGGAAAGUUUAAACUCGUUGGCGAUGCGGAUUAUGACGAAGUUCGAAAAGUGGCUGGUUGCAUCACUCCGGUGCCUGGUGGCGUUGGCCCGAUGACCGUGACCAUGCUGAUGCGAAACACAUGGGUUGCUGCUAAAAAUCUAUGCAAACUACCUGCCUGUCAAAAUGGUCAUGCUCAAUAGAAAAAUCAGUGUGAAAUUAUUGAAAUGUUGUA